AUGUCCAUGCCAAUGCCCAUGUCCCCACCGUACAACAAUCAGAGCACGAUGAAUACGGAUGGCAUGGGAAUGCACAUGAGCUUCUUCUGGGGCAAAGACGUGGUGGUGCUUUUCGCGGGAUGGCCCGGCAGCGGCCGCCUCGGCAUGUAUAUAUUAGCCCUGGGGACGGUGUUUGUGGUGGCUGUGGGGGUGGAGAUCUUGUCGGUGACGCCGAGACUGAAGCCGAGGGGCAUAAGCCCGGUGGUGGGUGCGGUGAUUCAUGCGGCUGUUCAUGCAGUUCGCAUGGCUCUAGCUUACCUGAUUAUGCUGUCGGUCAUGUCUUUCAAUAUCGGAAUAUUUGUGGUGGUGGUGGCAGGGCAUGCGGUGGGCAGUUUCGUUGUUAAGUACAGAGCACUGACCGCCGUGGCUCGGGCGGUCGAGUUCCAGUCGUAA